GGUUCAUGCCGUUGUUGUCUGUAAUUGUUAGGUUGAGGAAAAAAACAAUGCAGUGCAGGAUCCUUCCUGCAUGCAAUUUAAGCAAAAACGAAACUAUUCAAUUGUUAGAAUUUAAACGUUUUAUCUACCACCAUGUAUCAGCGUCUGUUUAUCGCCUAGUUUGACAGAAAGUGAUGCCAAACUUGAGAAUGUGAAGAUACGUCAUACAUGGCGUGGUGAAUGUCAGACACAUCUGUUAAAUAAAGUAGAAAACAUUAAUCUAAAUAGUAAUACUAAGCAGUGCAAGAGAAGGAAAGCAUGCUAUAAAGUCUACGCAUGACAGCCAAGUAUUCAGAAAUAUAAAUUUUCAAAUACAAGCAUAUCCCAGACCAUAUCAUUUCCUGCUGAAGUGGAAUUCAACUCUCUCUCUCUCUCUCUCUCUCUCUCUCUCUCUCUCUCUCUCUCAUGGCAACUGCUAUUGUAUCCAAGCAUUUUCUUGCAGGUUUAAAGGAUUUAGAAUUAGCCAAAUGCAGUAUCUCCAGCCAAACAAUUUCCAGCAGGCAAUCGGUACAUAUUUUCCACCAUAGAUAUCAAUCGUGUUCACUAUCCAUGAAUGGGUGCCAAGGUGACCCCAGAGUCCCUGUUGGUACCAUUGAAACUCGAACAUUUCCAGCAGUAGCAUCUCCUGCAUUUGCCACAGACAGCCUCAAUUUGGCUAUUUCUAAUUUGAAAGCCAAUCCACCGCCGUUCACUUCCGGGAUUAUACGUCUCCAGGUGCCCAUUCAACAGAGAAUUGAGGCAAUUGAUUGGCUCCAUGCUCAGCAUCAGCUUCUUCCACGCUGCUUCUUCUCCUGUAGAAGCCGAAGAAAGGACGACGGUCACCUUUUCACAGACUUCACCAACGGAAAUGGCCAUGCCCAUGUCCACAAUUUGGUCAGCGUGGCCGGUGUGGGCUCUGCUGUUCUCUUUAGGCAUAUCCAUCAAUUCUCUUACAGUGACUGGAAGUCCAUCAAGAGGUUCCUAUCUGCCAAAUGUCCUUUGAUUCGUGCUUAUGGGGCAAUUCGAUUUGAUGCAAUGGCCAACAUAUCAUCCGAAUGGGAGUCUUUUGGUUCAUUUUACUUCAUUGUUCCGCAGGUUGAGUUUGAUGAGCUUGAAGGAAGUUCGAUCCUUGCUGUAACUAUUGCCUGGGACAAUGCCCUCUCCUGGACAUGGGAACAGGCCAUUGAUGCACUUCAACUCACGAUGAAUCAGGUUUCUUCUACUAUUGUGAAGUUGGGUAAAGAAGUUGCUAGAACAUUAAUUUUAAGCAAUAAUCAAAUUCCCAAUAAGACCUACUGGGAUCUUGCCUUGAAGAGAGCGUUGCAGAUAAUCAAAAGAAGCAGCUCACCACUCAUUAAGGUUGUCCUCGCACGUAGCAGCGAAGUUGUAACUGCUACUGACAUUGAUCCUAUAGCAUGGUUGGCUUGUCUACAGAUUUACUUACAGGUUGAAGGAGAAAAUGCUUAUCAAUUUUGUCUUCAGCCACCGAAUGCUCCAGCAUUUAUAGGGAACACGGCAAAGCAACUAUUUCACAGAAAAUGGCUAGGAGUUAGUAGCGAGGCGCUGGCUGGAACCCGUGCCAGAGGUCAAUCAAAGGCUCUAGAUCUCCAAAUAGAACGCGAUUUACUUUCCAGUCCAAAGGACCAUCUUGAGUUUACCAUAGUACGAGACAGCAUAAGAAGAAAAUUAGAGGCUAUAUGUAACAGGGUAGUAAUGGAACCAAAGAAAGCAAUACGAAAAUUCCCAAGAGUUCAACAUCUGUAUGCCCAAUUGGCAGGAACUUUAAGAAGUGAAGAUGAUGAGUUUGACAUUUUGUCUUCUCUUCACCCAACUCCAGCAGUUUGUGGAUUUCCAACAGAAGAGGCACGGCUUUUAAUUGCAGAAACUGAAGUAUUAGAUCGAGGAAUGUAUGCUGGGCCUGUUGGUUGGUUUGGAGGAGGAGAGAGUGAGUUUGCUGUUGGCAUCAGGUCAGCAUUGGUAGAAAAGGGCCUUGGCGCAUUGAUCUAUGCUGGGACAGGGAUAGUAGAAGGAAGUGAUCCAUCCUUAGAAUGGGAUGAACUAGAACUGAAGACAUCUCAGUUCACCAAGUUCCUUAAACUUGAGGUCCCAUCAAGGGAAAAAAUUGAAAAUUUGGGAAGAAUCAACUGACAAGAAGAAUAGCUUCAACAGAUUUCCAAAUCUUCCUGAACUGAACUGAGCAUAAAUUUAGCAGUCACCAGUUUGGCACCCAUCCUCCUUCCACAAAUCAUUCGGGGUACAAAAUAGCAAUCACUUUUAGACUCUGAUUUUCGGUUGUAGCAGUUCACUGGUUUUUGGGCAUUGAACGAAGCUCAAAGGCUGAUAGCAUAAAUGAGGAAGCAUAUACAUCUCAAGCAACAUUCAUUUUUCACAGAGGAAUGUCGGCUGCAGAUUGUUACUGUUGGGUUCUGUCAUUAUAAAAUUUACUCACACAACCAUAGUCUCAUUCAACAUUUAUGGAACUUCUGGAGUUCUAGUAGCGAAAAUUUUUCGUUCUUUCAUUUGGUUGACAGUGACAGUUAGAUAUGUAAUCCGUUCUAUUACUUGAUAAGUGCUUUUCAGACUA